AUGUUAAUAUUUCCCCAUACAAUUCAGAUUUAUCCAGGUGAUUCUAUUCGUCAAAUAAGUGAUGCCGAUGUUUUCCUAGGCUCUAGACGUAUAAACCGGAAUGUUUCAUUUAGAUUCAUGGCAGAAAAAGUGAUAACUAAAGGUGUCAACAAUCGUUCCAAACAAGAUCAGAUGUUACCAGUUAUUAAUUAUAUUUUACAUACAUAUGCAUAUUUUAUUAUCGGUCCAAUGGCUGCAGCAUUCAAUAUUCCCGUCUUUCUAUUUGUGAUAAUGCGUAAAACACUCAGGGGAACAUACAUUGUUAUUGCUGUUGUCUUUCUCAAUAGCGGAUUUAGCGGAAUUGGUGUGACAUUAUUAGGAAUAAAGCGAUUAUCACAUUUCCAUGAUGAGAAAUUAAUUAGUAAUAAACAAUGCGUGCUAAGUGUGCCCAUUAUUCUUCCUCUAGCAGUGCUUUGUGUGAAUGGAAUAAGUUUGUUGAUGAACAGCGCAGAAAGACUUUCGGUUGUAGCAUUUCCAGUAUAUUAUUAUAUUCAUAACGCACGAAUAAAUUACUCAUUAAUUGCCGCACAAUAUGUGAUUACAGUCAUUGCUGUAAUUAUUACCGCCACUGCAAGCUUAAUUGAACCAACUCGGCAAAUAUCAAAUCUUUGCAUAUUACAAGACGUAUAUUCACCUUAUUUUUAUAAAGCGAUAUUACUAAUGGUUUGCAGUGCUUCAUCUAUGAGUGUUGUUCUUAUGAUUAUUGUUGUUAUCAUCCUGAGAAAGAAAUUCGGUGCGCAAUUUCUUUCAAAUAAUUCGUAUAACCGCGAUUUGUCACAUUUUCUCAAUAAUCAAAGGCGAUUCACUAAAACGGCGAUAAUCUCUGGUUGUCUCACAUUUUUUCUUGUUGUGAUACCAUCAAUUGUGGAAUAUAUAUACAUGAUGGAUUCUUCCGAAACAUCGAAAAUCAUUGUGAUCUGUUGCGCGCAUUUGCGUCUGUUGAAUUCCUUCAAUAUGGUAGUAUUAUUUUUGUAUCGUCAAAAAGAUUUUCGGUAUGAUGCAGUUCAAUGUUUCAACUUCCUGAUAUAUAAACGCAAAACAUCAGUCCAACCAAUGUACUGA